ACGGUAGCGCUCUAUUUACAUUGCAACACCGGGGUGGGGCUGGCUCUGUACUAAAGGUUUGAAAGCUUCCUGCUCCCAUCAGAGCAGCGUGAAAUCACACGGUGCUGUCACGCGCGAUGUCUGCCGCAGCGUGGAAGCAGAGGUGUGAGGCCGAGUGGGGUCUGCAGGGCGCCCCGAUGCCCGACACUGUGGACUGGAAGUCCGUGUAUGAAGCUAAGCCGCUGGGACGGAACCUGCUGAAGAACCCCGCUCCUCUCGGGUUUAGUAAGGACAGCCCUCCACCUGAGCCUGAAUUGCCAGAUGUGCCCCCAGGUGGACCCCCUCGCUUCCAGCCUGAUGGUGACUUUCCUGGCUGGACCACGAGCACAGAGAUCCUGCCAUAUGACACCAGUGGCAUCCCAGAGGGCGUUGUGAUCUGUGCGUUGCCUACGUAUAGCUGGUUCACCUUGGAGCAGGUUGUGGACCUGAAGGCAGAAGGACUGUGGGAUGAGCUGCUGGAUACUUUUCAGCCUAAAAUAGUCAUUCAAGACUGGUAUGAAGAAAGUCAGCUGCAUGAGUCCAUCUACCAGCUGCAUGUAAAGUUGCUGGGUACAGACAAAACAACAGUGAUUUCAGAGCACACAGCCAAGCCUACAGAGAACAUGAGUGUUUACUCCCACAACUGGAAGGAGGUGUCUCAUGUGUUCUCUAGCUAUGGACCUGGUGUGAGAUACGUCCACUUCCAGCACAGAGUGAAGAAUAGUUUCCUUAAUGAUUUCUUUCCCACACGCUUCACUGGCAGCUCAGUAAUUGUAAAACCAGUCAAAAGCAGUUAAUAGGUUUAAACUCCUACUGUAGACAUAGUUGUUAAGUCAGGUAAUAUAACCAGUCUGAUCAACAAAUGCUUCCUGUAAGUCCAGCUUUUGAACAAACAUAAUAAAGUGUUGGCCUAUGCUAA